AUGGCAGUCUCUUUGGCUGCCGCCGCCCACAAAGCAUAUGGUGUCCCUCAGACCAUUAAUACUGCCAAUUAUGUCUACUUCUUGGCCUACCAGGAGUUGGCUGCUCUGAGGCCGACUGUUUGGCGUUGCGUUCCCAUCUCGAGCUCAAGUUCAGAUAGUAGGCUCGGUGACGAUGGUCCAGCUGCUGAGAAGGCUGAUUUCCCUGAACCUAUCAUUCCCGAUUAUGACUUGGACAUCGUAGUGACUGAUGAGUUUAUGUAG